GUGGAGUCCAAUGGAACGCAGUCGUCAUUUCCUCCGCUGCCAUUUUGCAGUGGGAUCCGAGGGAUCCGUUGUUGAGCGGAGCGCCGAGAGCGGAGAGCGGCAUUUGUUAAGGCUGUAUUGAGGGGUUUAUUUAAGGGGGUUAUUUAAGGGUUUUGUCGCUACUGGACGGCGAACACAUUUCAUCCUCGACAUGUCGGAUUUUGACAGCAACCCGUUCGCGGACCCGGACUUCAGCAACCCUUUUCAGGAUCCCUCAGUGACGCAAGUAACGCGGAACGCCCCCCCUGGCCUGGAGGAGUAUAACCCUUUCACAGAUACAAAGCCGGCUCCGCCUGGCUCAGCCCCCAAAGCAAUGCCGCCCACCACCAACACACAGCCGGCUAUCAUGAAGCCCACUGAGGAACCACCAGCUUAUUCUCAGCCACAGCAGACACAGGACCAGGCGCGGGCUCAGGCGGAGUUGUUGCGGAGGCAGGAAGAGUUGGAGAGGAAGGCCGCAGAGCUCGACCGCAGAGAGAGGGAGAUGCAGUCCAUCAGCGCAUCGGGAGGGAGGAAAAACAACUGGCCGCCUCUUCCAGAGAAGUUUCCUGUCGGUCCGUGUUUCUACCAUGACAUAUCUGUGGACAUCCCUGUGGAGUUUCAGAAAACGGUCAAGAUCAUGUACUACCUGUGGAUGUUCCACACGGCGACGCUCUUUCUGAACAUAUUUGGCUGCUUGGCGUGGUUCUGUGUGGAUCCUAGUCGUGGUGUGGACUUCGGUUUGGCCAUGCUGUGGUUUAUGCUCUUCACUCCCUGUUCCUUUGUCUGCUGGUACAGACCUCUCUAUGGAGCAUUCAGGAGUGACAGCUCUUUCCGGUUCUUUGUGUUCUUCUUUGUGUAUAUCUGCCAGUUUGGCGUCCACGUUAUGCAGGCCAUCGGUAUCACCGGCUGGGGCGCCAGUGGUUGGAUCUCAGCACUGACGGGCCUGAAUAAGAGUGUUCCUGUAGGAAUCAUGAUGAUCCUCAUCGCUGCUCUCUUCACUGCCUCUGCGGUCAUCUCCCUCAUCAUGUUUAAAAAGGUCCACGGGCUGUAUCGGACCACAGGUGCCAGCUUUGAGAAAGCUCAGCAGGAGUUCGCCACCGGCGUCAUGUCCAACAAGACGGUCCAGACAGCUGCUGCUAACGCCGCCUCCACCGCUGCCCGAGGAGCCUUCAAAGAGCAGUUCUGAUUGGCCUAGAGAGAGCAGAGCCCCGCCCUCUCCAUCCACACUCCUCCUCCUCUUCCUCCCCCACUUCUUUUAUUCCUCCUUAACGUACUCACAUGACUGUUCAGUCAUCCACAACCCCGCUCAUUUCUGACGUGGAGGAUUUCAGACUCCACCUUUCAUUGACUUCCUGCACUCAAGUGGCUGACUGAGACUCUGCCCCCUUUCUCUCCUCAUGUCACUCAGCAGGUGUGCUCACCUGGGUGCGUGUGAGCGUGUGCGUGCAUCAGGAAUGUGUCCUCGUGCUGCGUGUGUAGAGUCUGCCGCUUUAUGAACGAGCGUUGCGCCUCCUUUUCUCAUAUUAAAAACAAACAAAGGAACAAACGUUUUGCUUCUUGUGCGGACGGGAGGCAAAAACAGCGCCCUCAGAUAAACCAUCCCACCACCAACCAUGCUCUCCAACACAAGCACCUUCAUUCCUGCGGCGCCGAGAGGAAUGUACAUUACUACGUGCGUGCUGUGCCCAGUAGGAGAUUCAGACAGAUGUGCUGUCGCUCGUUAUCUCCAAUUCCGCCUUACGCCCACUUAUCCUCUCCACUUUUCCCCCCAGGAACACCUCACCUGCCUCUUUCAGACGUGAGUCGACGCUCCUCAGCCUCCUCGUGGUUGAGUCUGAGGCCUGUUUGAAGCAAUCAGGCAAAAGUGGUUUUGUCCGGCCCAGAAUGACAGGCUUUUACGCUGUUCCCCAUGCCUGUGUACAUAUACACAUAUAUAUAUUUUAAAAAACCACCCUUGUAUGCGUACACCAGUCUCACCAAUCCAGGUCCUGUUCCGCACGUUUUCAGUGCUUCCCUGCUCUGGUUGGACGGUGGGAGCAAGAAAACACUAAAACAUGUAGAACAGGGGUUCUCCAGGACUGGCGGGGAGGAAACUGGCUUAUGUGUAAAAAAAAAUAAUAAUAAUAAAUAAAAUAAAAUAUUGGCUGAUUUCAAACAUUUGAAAGUU